GCGAGGGCUUCCUCUGCUGGAGGAGCCGCCCCGCGCCCCGACAGAGACCCUCUGCACACCCAGCAUGGAGGGCGCCGCAGUGGCCCCCCCCGGGCGGUCCCCGGGCCCCUCACCACCGGACCACUACCCCUCCACGUCCUCCACCCUGGCCUUCGAUCAGCACCUGGCGGCCAGCCCCAAAGGACUGCUGCUCCUGGCCGAGAUGACGUGCGGUCUUCUGGUCUGGGUUCUGAUCGGUGGGACGGAGUACUCCAGCGUGCCUGCGUUGGGCUGGGUGAUGUUUGUGGCCAUCCUCUGCUGGGUUCUCACCAUCGGCCUCUUCAUCGUCUUCCUCAGCCGGGCUCACGUCAGGGCAACAUGGGUCCCGUGGAACAAAGUGUCUGUGUGUUUUAAUGGUAGUGCCACUGUGCUGUAUCUGGUGAACGCAGCAGUAAGCACGGCGUCAGUCAGCAGAGCCACCAGGGGGCGCCACAACUACAAUUGCUGGGCAUCAUCUGCGCUCUUUGCGUUCCUGACGACACUGUGCUAUGCAGGAAGUAGCUGGCUCGGCUACAGGGUCUGGAGAGCCGGCGGAGAGGAGCAGUAGCUCUGUCUGUCACCCUGGGAGACUCAAUGAGGGUUUGGAACCACUCAAUGAGGGUUUGGAACCAACACCACCAUCCCGCACUGACUAUCAAGAUAUAGUCAUCAUGUCAUGAAAGUUUGGAAAUUAAACGAUAUUUGUAUUUAAUGUAAUUCAUAUGAAACAACAGAUGGUCCUUCACAUACACCUGCACGAUGAAACUAUCUUGGGCUUCUGGGCUAUCAGAUUGCAGUGUGGCUGUGUGUGUGUUCAUGUGUUUAGUGUAUAAUGUAUUGCUUAGCUUGGAGAUGGUUGUUGCUGUCAUUUGGACAACUCUCUCCACACCUUGAAAUCCUUAAAAAAAAAAGCCACAAAAAGGCAAUAGACCUACUGACAGACUGUUACAAAAUUGUAAAAAAAAAAAAACAUACUUUUUUAAUAAAUUCAUGUCGAUUGAAAGUGUUAAAUUGAGUCUUUUAAGCCUUACAUUUUUGAGAUGC